AUGGGCAAGAUAAUUUUCUACGAGGACAGGAAUUUCCAGGGUCGCUACUAUGAAUGUAGCAGCGACCGCGCUGACCUGCAAUCCUACUUUAGUCGUUGCAACUCCAUCCGGGUGGAGAGCGGCUGCUGGAUGGUCUAUGAGAGCCCCAACUACAUGGGCUACCAGUACUUCCUGAGAAGGGGCGAGUAUCCUGACUACCACACCUGGAUGGGCUACAGUAAUGGCAUCAGGUCUUGUCGCAUGAUCCCUCAUUAUAGAGGAUCAUACCGCAUGAGAAUUUAUGAACGAGAAAACUUUGCUGGUCAGAUGAUGGAGUGCAUGGAUGACUGUGAGUCUGUUCAGGAUCGCUUCCACUACGCAGAUAUUUACUCCUGCCAUGUGGAUGGGUACUGGAUCAUGUAUGAGCAGCCCCACUACAGAGGACAGCAGUACUUCUUGAGGCCUGGCGAGUACAGGAGAUACACUGACUGGGGAAGCAUCAACCCUAGGAUUGGCUCCUUCAAACGUUUAAUGGAUUUCUGCUGA